GUGUAUUUCCAAAUGGACAGGUCAUCGUGUAUAGUCUGGUAUUUGCAGAGUCUGCAUCUAUCGUUAUAAGUAGAAAACCCCAGUAAUAGCAUAUUAACAUUUAUCCCACGUUGAGUUUUCUUCUCACGUAAAUUCGAUCUUAAAAUAUUUAGUCUUAUUGGAAAUUUGCGCAUGGCCUGUACAAUAUGCGGGAGGUAAAUGGAACGGCCAUAUUAUUUCUCAAUUAGACAUGCAACGGUAUGUUCUUAGUGGUUAAUUCGACUUCUAGGUAUUUGUUUGAUGGAUUAUAUGAGAUAGAAAGUAAAACUUAUGUGAUGGAUAAGAUAAACUUAGGACAUUCUAUGAGUUUUUAGUGAAGUAAACAACCCAAGGUCAAAAUGCACAUGUAUAGUUGAUAAAUGGAAGAGCCGCCACACUUUGUGUUAUCCAAUCAAAGUCUAGUCUAACAGUCAGUGUUAUGUCUUCAAUGUGUACUGUAUGCAAAGACCGACCCGUAACGGAGAGGAAAUAUUAUGUCAGAAAUUCGGAGUUUAUAACUAAAAUAUGGAUGGAUAAUUAACUUGUUUAAUGGAAGUUGCACCACAGUCAGUUAGCCCGCACAUUCAGCGGGUGCUGAAGAGUUUUCAAACGUCAGCAAAUCGGACUUUACAAGGGCCAGCCGGUUUAGUUUUGUUACAACCUAACAGUCAUGAAAUCCAACAAAUGGCGAAGAUUUCGUCCGAUGAAUAUCGUAAAGCCUUGGUGGCGAAAAGUAAAGAAUUAGAACACAUGUAUCGUUUGCAAGCGCCGAUCCCAUUACAACAGUUUCCGGUGUUUACCCCAGCGGAUUCGAGCCGGAGUGAACAAACUGAAACCCUUUUAGAAGGAGAGAAAAUAGCUUGUUUUGUUGUUGGUGGUGAAAAGAGAUUAUGUUUACCACAAAUUCUGAACACAGUGCUUAGGGAUUAUGAGUUACCAGAAAUACAUUCUGUGUGCGAUGAUCUUCAUAUUUUCUGCUCGCGAUGUCAACAUGAACAACUGGACAUAUUAAAAGCAUCAGGAAUAUUACCAAGGAGUGCGCCAAGUUGUGGACUAAUAACGAAAACUGAUGCUGAGCGUCUUUGUAACGCUUUAAUUCGCACACCAAAUGACACAACAGCCCCGAAUCACCCAUCCCACAACAGUUUCAAAGUUUACCAUGAGUGUUUUGGAAAAUGUAAAGGAAAUUUCAAUCCAGACGCAUACACAUCGUCAAAAGCCCUUUGCAUACAAUGUGUAGAUUGUGGUAGAUGGUUUACACCACAAAAAUUUGUAUGUCAUUCCCAUAAAGCAUUGGAAAAUCGUACAUGUCACUGGGGAUUUGAUUCCGCUAAUUGGCGUCACUAUCUUCUUUUGGCUAAGCAUCAACCAGGGAUAGAAAAGUUGCAAGAUGUCUUGGAGGUGGUUAAAGGCCGAUUUGACUCGAGUAACAAGUACAAAAGGAAGCAACAGACCGGUGAUGGUAACGGUGAUUCUGUGAAAAGAAGUAAGAAUGAUGAAAAUUCAACGGCAGAAUCUUCAUGGACGGGAGAGACCUGUUCAUCACUCCGUGCAAUGAUGUCGGCAUUCCAACCAUGGUCCCCGGCUGUAACAAGUGCUAUGAAGGAAGGAAAGAUGUUGCCGGCUCCCCCAGCUAUUAUGAGAGAAGGGCUUACAGGUACAGCGCCCUCCUACUUACAUUCAGGUCCCCCAGUGCUACUACACCCUGACAAGGUUGUCCCCCACUCAGAAUCAAGCAGGUAUGAGCCUAAUUACGCCCCCAACGUCUCGCUCGCCCCCGUUCAAAAGUGCAAAGGUGAAGAUGAUGAUGAAGAAGAGGAAGAAGUAGAAAAGAAACGGGCACCAACUCCAGAGCCGGGCCCAUCUAAAUCUUACAGAGAAUGGGACCUCUCGGAGAGUGACGAUUCCUCGGGUGAAAGAUCGUCACCUUCUCAUGGCGAGGAAUCUCAGUUGUCACCAACCACAGAGAACCAGCGUGCUCUCGAAAUUGAGUUAGAAAUGAUACGUCAAGCUCUCGACGGCAAAAUCGGCGAGGAAAAGGAGGAGAAAGACCGGUUCUUACAUGAGUUUUGUAAACUACGGGCGAAACAUCAGGAAUUAUUAAACAGAAAUAUUCAAGCACGGAGAAAUUUAAAGCAGGAACUAGCCAAUGCAAAGGCAUCAACCAAGGAGAAACUUCAGGUGGUAAACGAUAAGAACCAUUCUAUGGAGAAAGAGUUGAACAAAUUAAGACGAGACUCGGAAUCCAGACUGAAGGAAGUAAAAGAUGACAACGCUAAACUGCUUAAAGACGUCGAAAUACUUCAAAAACGGGACGAUUUAGAGAUGGGCAAGUUAAUACAGAUAAAUCAGGAACUUCAAACCAGGCUUCAGCACUACGAGAUGGCGUUUGAACAAAUACGUCUGGAGAAUAUUAUAAUGCAGGACAAGCUGCUACAAAUGGGCAUUAACGUGCUCGAUCUUGUGAAAGCAAACUGUAACGGCAGUCUAAAAAUGAUCAGGUCACCGUCGGGGUCUCCGCCCCAACGAUCUACACCGCAGCGCUCUCCGACGGAACACACGUCUUCGAUUCUUGGCGCAUAUCCAAUGCUUCCCCCGCCAGUGUUGCUGCAGUCGCAUGCAGAGCGGUUUAUUAAAAAAGAGCGGGAUGGUUGCACUUGAGACGCUUUUUCUUUUUUUUUUCAAAAAUGCCAUAUUGUGAAUUUCGGAGUAGAAUCAUCCUAGGAUUUACAAAUUGGAAUUUCAUCAUUUGGAGUUAGCCUGUUUUUAGCUAGUUAUAUUUCUUUUUCUUUCUAAUCCUGUGAUGUUCAAAUGAUUUUAGAUUAAUAGUUUGUUGUUACGAUGUGUUACAUUUGUUAAAGUAAAUAGAAGUUUUAUUUGAAUAUACGAAAAAUAGGCGAUGGAAUUAUCGUGGUAUAGACCCAUGUGAUAUGACUUGAGGCGAAAGAAUUACAAAUCAAACUGCACAAAAUGUGCAAUAUAUGUUGGACGUUUUAAUAAAAACACAAACGGAAGGAGUUACUGUGACGGAAACAUGUUUGUACUUCAUGUCUGUGAACAUUGACCAAUUUUGAAAGCAUCGUGUUUUUGUUAGCAGCUCUAAAGUUGGGGCAACAAAACGUCUGUUUGUUGUUGUGUUGUAAGGAAUUACAAAGCAAGUGGUAACUGCACAAGUCGCAAUUUGUGGAUAAAGAACCUCGCGUGGUAGAAAAUGUUUGAAACAUGCAUAGUUAACAAAUUGUAUGAAUAAGACAUUCUCAAAGGAUAAAAAAAGUUAAUUGGAAUGUAUCGUUUAUCUGAAGAAAAAGCGUAUGAAUGAUUAGAUGGACAUACUGUAUUAAAUGUGGUUAAACCACUACGAAAAGAUGUAAACACUGUAUUGGGCAUGACGGAAAAUGUUACGGAAUAACUUUUGUGCAAUUAAGUAACACGGCAUUGUUAUAUGGUGAUGCUGAAACUGUAUAAGUUAAACAAAAGCUAUGAUGAAGAGCGAAUCAAUGAAGGGAAACGAAAUUUUAGCAUAUGUAAGACAGCAUGUUACAGCUUACUGCUGUAUGGUACUGCAUUCUGUAGUAUGUUCCAGCUUACAUCUGGAAUACAAUUUUUUAUAUAUAUAUCUGGCAUACAGGCAUAUAAGUGUGUGUACAAUAGUAGGCUAAAAGGCAUUAUGAUGUGUAUAAAAAAUACCUUGGUCUCAUUCACCAGUGCUUGCAGUACUUUGUUUUUUCAUAAAAUUAAAAACACUGGAACAUUAUUGUAAUUUUGUCAGUAACAUAAAAAUCAUUAUUUUUGUUAGUGAGUUUUGAAGUUAAUGACAUAUACAUGAAUAUAAACAGGGUGUUUUAUUGUUUUUUUUUUCUUAAAUCACAAAUUCUGUGACGAAAAUGGCAAACAUUUUUUUACUUAGAAUAAAUACACCUGUGGCUUUAAAAAAAAAGUAACAACAAUGGCUUAAUUAAGUAAAAGUGAGCCAACAACAUACUAUAUUACCCGUAUUCUGAACAAAUCUGUAAACUAAAAGGUUAAUUACAUGUACCAUCACCUUAGUGCAGUAAGGGGUUAACUCCAUAUAUAAUUUAAUAGAAAUUAAUCACUUUACGUCACUUACGUGAUGAUGCAUUUAUAUCUUACGUGGACCGAAAUAGAAAUUACGAGGGAAUAGAGAUAUUUGAAUACAACUCGUGUUCCAGGGGAAAAUGAAACAAAAUAAUAACAGUUUUUUUAAAGAUGUAAAAAAAUACGAAAAUUAGAAAGAGGCUUUUUAUGAGACACGAUUUUCUUUUUUAUAGUAAAGGUAUCAGAGGUGUAUUUAUCUAACGUAAUAAAAAUGAUUUUUUUAGAGAAGAAAUUAAAGCAUUUUACCGCAAAUACCUCAAGCCCUAUCUUGGUUGUUCAUUGUGGAAUAUAUUUGAUUUUUUUUUUUUUUUUUUUGUUCUUUCUUUUUUUUUGACAUGUUUGCAAUAUUCUGUUAUGUUCUGUUUACUUUUCCUUUUCUUUUCUUUUCUUUAUUUGAAAUAGGCAUUGUUUAAAAAGAAAUUUAUAAAGAUUUCUGCAAGUUUUUUUAUUAUUUAUUUAUUAUCAAAACAAAAAACAAUAAAAACAGAAAUCUAUAUCAUGUGAAAUGAAACAGAGAUUUUACUUUGGGUAUGAUAUCAAAUUUUACUAUGAUAUAGCAUAUUUUUAAGAGUGUUAACACAAAUUUAUAGGACAGAAAAAGAUAAAAGGGGAUGUAAGAAUAUAGCCUGUUUUAUUAGAGAACAAAUUUUAUGUGUUGAUGAACAUGGGAUUCCUGGAAUUUGAUUCCAUUGCAGUUAAACUGUUUGUAAACAUUGUUAAUGUGUUUUUAAUUGCAAAAAAAGCACAACAAAUUAUUGCUGUUAAUUUAAAUCCUCUUAGAAUGAUUCCCGGUAAAAGAAAUUCUAAGUGUCAUAUUUUUUAUUUUAUUUCUUGGAAGCAGACUGUACAUAGGGCAUUUUGUCAGUUUGUUUUUACAGAGAUACUUUUUUUAUGUGGGCAUAUCAGUUUGUCAUGGUUCUAGGGUUAUAAUUUUGAAUUUUGAAGACCAGUCUGUGGUUGCAGUGUUUUUAUUGGUUCAUUCUUAGCUUUGCUGUCGGAAGCAGCCAAUCAAAUACUUGCAUUGUAGACUGGUUCUCAAAAAUUAAGUUAAAACCUUAAAAUCGGUAUGUAGAUCAUUAGAACCCUUCUCUUAAAGAUUGGGACUUGAAAUUUAAUUGUAAAUUAUAUGGUUUCAUAGUUAGUUACAAUUUGUCGUUGUUGUCAUUUGAGAAGGAUAAUUUACCUUUUGUAUAAGAUACACAUUACAUACUUUGUUGCAAUUUUAAGUUUAUAAAGCUAUACAUGUAUAUCCUGAUGUCUAUAGUUUACAAACUGAUUGAUAAUUGAUUGAAUUUUGAAGAAAAAAAUACGUAAAAAAAAAUAAAUCCAAAAUUCUUGUUAAAAAACACAUUUCCAUUAGAGCAUAUGGCAAAUAUGUGAUAAAUAUGUUACUAUGGAAACAACAUACUUUAUUGAUUACAUAUUUUAUAAAAAAUAUUUUAUUUGAUAUAGCUUUAUAUCCUUUCAGUUAAUAAAUGCCUAAAAACUUUAAUCAAAAGUACAGUACUUAUUGCAAUUAGUGCUUCAGGACAUAUUGAAAAUGUCUGAUUGCCUACAGUACACUUCAAUCAAGUCCUAAUCUUUAAAGGGAGGGAACUGAUAAAAAGAUCUACAUAUGCUUUGAUAUAAAACUUUUUGAAUUGCGAAUUGUUUUCUAUAUAUUUAGAAAUAUUUGUGUUUUACAUUGUUAGCUCAUUUUUUUUGUUGAAUAAUUUUGAAUAAUUCUGAACACUAGAAGAGUGGAGUUAAAAGAAUCUUGAAUAAAGAAAAAUGAGAGAGAAAAAUUGUGAGAGAAAAAAGACAACGUUUUACAUACCAUUUUUUUUUCUUUUUACGUACAUUUGUGCAGGUCACAUGAUGUUUUGGAUGAUUUUCCUGUUUCAAGGAUAAAAUGAGCUGUGUCACGACAAAACCAACGUAAUGCAAUUGCGACCAGCAUGGAUCCAGACCAGCCUGCGCAUCUGCGCAGUCUGAUCAGGAUCCAUGCUGUUCGCUUACCGACUAUUACAAGUUGAGAAACUGAUGGCGAACAGCAUGGAUCCUGAUUAGACUGUGCGGAUGCGCAGGUUGGUCUGGAUCCAUGCUGGUCGCAAAUGCACUAUGUUGGUUUUGUCGUGACACCGCUCAAAUACAGUUUACUUGUUAUUUUAUAGAACAUUAAAAAAAGAGAAAUACAAAGUGUUUUUACAAGGGGUUAUAUACCAUUUAUAUAAAAUGCUUGUUUGGCUUCAAUUUCUUUGAAGAUUUUUUGCUAUUAAUUUCUUUUUCCAAAGUUUUGAUUUUACAAAAAUUCUAUAUGAUAAAACAGUUCAAUGUAAGUUAAAAUUGUUAAUAAUUUGGUUAAAUAAAUUGUAUUUGAAAGAUUUAAAACAUUGAUUUGACAUCUUUGAUGAUUAUAUGGCAGUAAUGAAAUUUGUUUUUCAAUAAUGGACGAUUUAUAUAAUAUUUAUUCAAACUUUAGCUUUAGGUAAAGGGCAUUGAGCAUUUGAAAAAAUCCAUAUUGUUCUGCUUUGAAUAUUUGGUGCCUAUUUUUUUAAUUGCUUUAAAGUCAGGACAAAAAAAAGAAGAAUUUUUAAGAAAUAUUUAAAUGUGCUUCCACAUUAUAAAAAAAGCAUAAAAAAUAAUUAUGUUAUUUUUGGAGCAUUGAAACAGUUUCCUUUAAGCAUAAAUAUAUAAUAUUUUAUAUAUAUUAAAACUUUGUAUUUUAUUUCUUUUCUUUUUUCCUAUGAGAAAACUUGGCCAGUACGGUGUUAGAUAAUAUACUAUAUAUGUUGUGAUUGAUGUACAUUCAUCUAGGUGUCAUUUGUUAUUUUAGAGAGUAAAAUAAAAAAAACGCAUCAUUUUUAAAAACAUUUUUCAAAAAAAAAAAGGCUUCUUCAUCUAUUUAGCAUUGUUGCACCAGACUUUCAUUCUCACUGCAUUUUUUGUCUCAUCUUCGCACUUAGACCUGUUGUUGUAUGGUAAAUAUUUACUUUAAAGGCCCAUCGUGAACAUCUUCUUUUUUUUUCAUCAAUUUUGUGUCAACUCUUAUUAUGUUGAUGAAAAGUUUACUCUUGAAAUUGUCAAAAUAUAAACUGAUUAAUAUUGAAUUUAAAACAUGUUUAUUAAUUUUUUUUUCAAAAUAUCUAUAUAUAUUUUUUUGAUGGGUAGGGAAUGUGUUUUAAUAGGGGUUUAACAUUCAAAUAAAUGCCAUAUUUUAUCCGUGUUUGGCGUUCUUUUUUGGCCAACAUUUUUACACAUAUCUAUUCCAUUGUUGAAAAUUAUUUGAGAAAAAGUUUGUCAUGAUGGGCCUUUAACCCUGCUGUGAAAAUUAUCUGUUGACAAAAUUUUCAAUGCAUUUGAUGUAUUACAUGGCGAUGUAGUGGUGUUGAUGUAAACAGUUUAUCUCUUGACAAAUAUGUUCAUUGCAUUUCUUUUUAUUUACGUUCACUGGCGUCAUUUAGAUACAUACUAAGACAUUUGUAGUUUUUGAAUAUGAUGUUCCGAAUUUUAAAGCUGACCGAAAAAGACAACAACACUGUACGGCUUUUUUAAAAGAAGUUUGAAAGAGAUCUUGGGUAGAAAGGAAUCUUCUCAAUUGGAAUCCAUAUUUGUCAGAAAUAAAUGAUACAAUUUUGUUAGGGGUGGAGCUGGGGGGAGGGGAGAGAAUUGAGGUCAGAUUUUUUUUUUUGUAAUAUUGUUUCAAAAUAUUGUUUGAAUUUUUAUAGUUAUAUUAAAUUUUUCACUUCUAUGGAAAAAAGAGCAAGAUUUUUUUUUGUUAUUUGAAAUAUGUACCUUUGUAAAAAGAAAAGUUGUUGAAUUAUACUUUAUUUUAUUAUAUUAAUAAGAAAGUUGUAUUUAACAUUCAAUUCAAAAGUUGUGUUGAAAAUAAUUUAAAAAAAAGUUUUUGGCAUAAAAAGUGCUUACAGAAUGAUUUUAGUUGAGUCAUUGUAGAAUAUGAUUCAAAUUGGAAUGGUUCUAAAUUGCUAUAACUAUUAUUUAUUAAUUUAAUAUACAGUGGUAUAGUGUUAAAAGGCAAAUGUAUAAGUUUAAAAAAAAACACCAAAAACUUUGAAAUAUUAAGAAAAUAUUUGAGGGAUUAGUAAUUACUGGAAUGAGAAACUUAUUGUUAGUAAGUUGAAUUGUUUUCAUUGAGGUACAUGAAUCAAGCAUUGUUAGAUAUUAAUCAAGGACACCUAUGUCAGACUCUCUCGAUGUUUUAAGUGCCAGUCAUUUUAAAUAAUUACAAAAGUAAAUCAGUCUUUAACAGGGCUUUCAUAAGUUUUUUCAAACUCAAGUUUCAAUUCCAAAUAUAUUUGAUGUUGAAAAUUGGCCUCAGAUUUAAAAAAAAAAAGGGAGUAUUGGGUCGGAAACUGUUGAGAGUAAGGAUUAACUGUGGAAUUAUUGAAGCCCUGUUUUGUUGUUAUAGUUGUAUCAGUAAAAUAUUUAAACUGUUAUAAAAUGUUGUCAACCUCAUAAAAGAAAUCAUAAAAUGAUGACGUCAGAGUUUCAUCAAGCAGGUUAUUUAGAAUAUUAUUAAAAAAAUAUUUCUUUGUAUUUCAUUGAAAAUAAAAAAAAAACAUUUGAAAAAAGUU